UCAAUGUGCCAUAAUAACUCCCAACUGUCUUAGUUGGUGUAGUUCGUUAAACCACCGCCCCCGAGCGCCACCAAACGAAUCCCUUCUCUCUCUACAGUUUCUCUCACUAGAAUCCAUGAUCUGUCCAAAGAAAGUGAAAUGCGCCGUUUCCCUCUCUUAAACCCAUUGUUGUUGUCCAAACGAAAGUGAACACGCCAUUCCUCUCUAUCUCUCUCGUAUGUAUCGCCAAACCUCUUUCUCUCUCUAAACACCUUUGUCAUUGAUCUCUUCGCCGCUCUUAGGUUUCCUCACUUGAUCUCUCCGAUUUCACCGGCCCUUUUCUCUUACAAAAACUAUAACAUUCUCUUCCCCAUUUAUGAGCUUCAAAUCUUAGGGAUUUUUACGAGUCUCUGUUCCAUUUUCGCAAAUCUGAGCUGUUUUUUGCUUCGGUGUUCAUCUAUGGCCUCUUUAUCUGUUCCUUGCCCUAAGACUUCCGCUACAUCCAUUGCUUCGCAGACGAAUCCAAAACAACAACGGCACUGUUCGAUUUCCUUUCGGUCGGAUCCGAAAUCAAAGCCGACAUUGCUAGCCGGGUCGUCAUCAGAUCACUCAGCUUCUCUCAGAUUUCAGGGCUCUAGGUGGAACCAAUCUGAUGCUUUUAAGGUGUGUGCCCAGCUUAAUGAGGUUGCUAUCGAGAAAUCCUCAAAUUCUGUACCUUUUCCUGAGAAAGAGUCCGAGGAACCUGCCCAAAAAUCUGAAUCUCAAAGCACCAUUCCAGAUGCAUCAUCCAUUUCGGCAUUUAUGACUCAAGUGGCAGACCUUGUUGAGCUUGUUGACUCAAAAGACAUAAUGGAGCUGCAGCUAAAGCAGCUGGAUUGUGAACUCCUUAUCAGAAAAAAGGAAGCUUUGCCACAGCCACCAGCUCCUGUCGUUAUGAUGCAUUCCCCUCCUCCGCAAGCUAUGGUUCCAUCUCAACUGCCUCCACAACAGCUCACUUCUCCUGCUCCUGUGGGUCCUGCUCCCUCACCUCCAGUUUCAGCACCAGCACUACCUAGCCCUGCAAAGCCAGUCUCAUCCCAUCCCCCACUGAAAUGCCCCAUGGCUGGGACAUUUUACCGUUGCCCUGCGCCUGGGGCACCUCCUUUUGUGAAGGUAGGAGACAAGGUCCAAAAAGGCCAGGUUGUUUGUAUCAUUGAGGCCAUGAAACUGAUGAAUGAGAUUGAAACUGAUCAAGCUGGAACAAUAGUUGAGAUACUUGUAGACGAUGCGAAACCAGUUAGUGUUGACAUGCCCCUUUUUACCAUUGAGCCAUGAGGAAUUUAGUGAGGACUUCUGCUCUGGAAACUUUACAGGGAAGAGCACGCGAACAGUUUGGGCUUAGUUAGUUCAUUUAUGUUCUUACCCAUAUAAUAUUUAUGAAAAUGUAUUAAUUAUGCCUUCCCUUUGUGACUCGAAUCUCAUAAAUUUUUGAAACAAUACAAAUAUCCAUAUAAACAUGCGGUGCUUCAUGCUUGA